GCGCGCGCGCACAUAAAACGGCAGCUGUUGGGGCCGGCCGAGCCGGGUAGAUGAGAGCGCGCGUGCGCGUGAGCGAGCAGGGUGUUGGUGGGAGGGAGGGAGUUAAAGAGAGAGAGGGAGGGAGGGGGAGAAAAAAAAAGCGAGGUGGAGAGGAAACAAAAACAAUCGCCCGGGCGCCGCCAUCUUGGGUCUGUUCUCGACACCACGCAAGUGAAUGGGUAGCUAUGAAAUUACCACAGGGGCGCAGCAAGGUAGGGAGGGCCACUCAGCGCUGCCAGCCGGAUCUGGGGGACGAUAAAGCCGGUCCUUUCGCCCUCCUCCGCUCGCCGUUCCCCUUCCGGCGUCGUCCUGAAGGAGAAGCUGCUCGACUCGGCCCUUCCUCCUCCUCCUGCCGCUCCUCAGCUCUUCAACUUCAUCACCGCGGGCGCAAAGUUGGGCUCGGCCGCCUUCUCGCCGCCGGGCCGGACGCCGGAGCAGCAGGUUCUUUUUCGCAGCCGGGGAGGAAGAGCUAGGAGAAAAGGGGGCGGCGGGGCUCGGGAGAGAGAGAGGGAGGCGUCGAGCCGCCGUCGUGGUGGUCGGCUUCGUCGUCCGCCGUGGUCGCCCCUCUCCCUUCUUCUUCUCCGCCCGUUGUGUGGGAGGCACAAGGGGGCGAGAGCGAGGAUUGACCAGGCUCCGUGACCUCCUCGCCCGCCUCCCUCGUUCUCUCUCGUCUGCUCGCUGCGGUUGUGAACGGAGGAAGGCAGGGAGGAGGAGGAGGAGGAGGAAAAGAAGAGGAGGGUGUGUGAGAGAGAAACAAAACAAAAGCCGAGUCGUGCACGGAGGGUCCUGCCUCGACAGCGACCGAAGAGGACGACUCUGUGGGAAAUGGUGAUCCCGUGAAGAGUUGCAGGGAAGGGGAAAAGGAAAAAAGAGAGAGAAAGAACUAGACGCCUGCACAUACAUCCAGCUUGGAAGAGCAAGGAGGGGGAGAGAGAAAGAAAAGAGAUCGUGCAUUCCUUGCCCCACCAGACCGGCCACUCGAGAAGACCCAUUUGCCCACAUCGGAUCACCAUGGUUAUAAAAAAGCAUCGCUUCACCUGCUUCAUCCAUUUUUGAGACAUCCUCUUGCACCGCCGCUUCGGGAAAGAUCGCUCCCAAGCCUCUUUCGAUCGUCGUUGUGUUUAAAGAUUUGGUUUUUUAGAACAGUGAAGAAAGUAAAUUUUCUGCGCUUCUCUACUACCCUCCACUCACUCCACCCUCCAAAAUAGCUGGAAGCCGCAUUGCCCUCCCUCUUCCCUCCACCACUUUUGUGUGGUUUUUAAACCCCGAAUAUAAGGAUAUUUUAAGCAUUAACUGAGGGAGGGAGUCAUAUGGGCUGGGGGAGUUUCCUUAAGGCUUUUAUUUUUUUUUCCUUCGAAGGCAAAUCGAGUGUCAAAUUAUACCAUCUACUCCUCUUGAGCGGGCAUGGACAAAAGACUGAAUGUAAAAAGUGGAAAGUGGAAAUGAGAAUACACUAGGUAAAGAAAGAUCAGAGAGACAUUUGUGGUGCUGUGGAGGACAGAUAAGCUCUGGUUUCUGCCCUGUCCGUGUUACUUGGUCUCAGCAUUAUUAAUAGGAAACAUCAGUGUUUCACAAAUUCCUUUUUUUAUUAAUGGAUUAAUUUACUAUUGCCCAUUCCGUUGAAAACAGGUUUGUGCUGACACUUGAAACUAAUGUGGAACUAUUUCUCACCCAGACACUACAUACUGUUAAAGAGGCGUGAAGAAGAAAGUAUUGUUUACUAAUAUCUGUGCGACUUGCCUGAUUCCAGUACUCCUGGGGGAUAUUUUACAGAUUUUAAAGUGAAGAAAACAAUGCUCCAAGGCAAUUUGCUUAGUAGUCGGUCAAUUGCUUUACUAUUGACCUUUUAAACUGGGUCCUUAAUAUGUUCUUAUGAAUUGAAUUUUGCCACUGUUUGUACAGAAGCCAAAUGACGUGUAUGUUCCCAAAUGCAUACAUCCCUUUACUGGAGGAUCUACUAAGGAAGACCUAGAUACACUAGUAUUGAAAUCUGAUUUUACUCUUAUGGACACUACUUUCCAAAUAUGUUCUUACAGAAAAUUUUAAUAAAGUGAAAGAGGGAUUUUCAUAUUUGGAGGACCUGGAAAGCUGGAUAUAUAGAAUAACUUCAUAUCAUUUCUAACUAUUUGGAAAAUGGGAGCUGCUACAAAGUUGGUGUUUGCUGUUUUUCUUAUCUCUUGUUCUUCAGGUGCCAUACUAGGCAGAUCAGAGACACAGGAGUGCAUCUUCUACAAUGCUAAUUGGGAAACCGAUAAAACAAAUCGCAGUGGCAUUGAACUGUGUUACGGUGAUAAAGAUAAAAGACGACAUUGCUUUGCAACAUGGAAGAAUAUUUCUGGAACUGUUGAAAUUGUGAAAAAGGGUUGCUGGCUGGACGAUAUUAACUGUUAUGACAGAACCGACUGUAUAGAAAAGAAGGACAGUCCUGAUGUGUUUUUUUGCUGCUGUGAAGGCAACAUGUGCAAUCAACAUUUUUUCUACUUUCCAGAAAUGGAGGUCACACAACCUACUUCCAAUCCUGUUGCAUCUAAACCACCCCUUUUCAGUACCUUGCUUUAUUCUCUUGUGCCUAUAAUGGGAAUUGCAGUGAUCAUACUGGUUUCAUUUUGGAUGUACCGACACCACAAAUUAGCAUAUCCUCCAGUACUUGUACCAACCCAGCACGCCUUUCAUAUAAUGAUAGAGGAUCCUGGACCACCACCUCCAUCGCCACUGAUGGGCCUGAAGCCACUGCAAUUACUAGAGAUCAAAGCUAGGGGAAGAUUUGGCUGUGUCUGGAAAGCUCAGUUGUUAAAUGAAUAUGUAGCUGUGAAAAUAUUCCCAAUACAGGACAAACAGUCAUGGCAAAAUGAAUAUGAAAUAUACAGCUUGCCUGGAAUGAAGCAUGAAAACAUACUACAGUUUAUUGGUGCUGAGAAACGAGGCACCAACAUUGAUGUUGAUUUGUGGCUAAUAACAGCGUUUCAUGAAAAGGGUUCGCUUACUGACUUCUUGAAGGCUAAUGUAGUCUCAUGGAAUGAGCUAUGUCACAUUGCGGAAAGUAUGGCUAGAGGUUUGGCAUACCUUCAUGAGGAUAUCCCUGGUCUAAAAGAUGGACACAAACCAGCUAUAUCCCAUAGGGACAUCAAAAGCAAGAAUGUGUUGCUGAAAAAUAAUCUUACAGCUUGUAUUGCUGACUUCGGCCUUGCUUUAAAAUUUGAGGCUGGGAAGUCGGCAGGUGACACACAUGGUCAGGUUGGAACCCGAAGAUAUAUGGCUCCAGAAGUGUUAGAAGGUGCCAUAAACUUCCAGCGGGAUGCGUUUUUGAGAAUAGACAUGUAUGCCAUGGGACUAGUCCUGUGGGAACUUGCAUCGCGAUGUACUGCAUCAGACGGACCUGUGGAUGAGUACAUGUUGCCUUUUGAGGAAGAGGUGGGCCAGCAUCCCUCCCUUGAAGAUAUGCAGGAGGUUGUAGUCCAUAAAAAGAAGAGGCCUGUUUUGCGAGAGUGUUGGCAGAAGCAUGCUGGAAUGGCAAUGCUCUGUGAAACAAUAGAAGAGUGUUGGGAUCAUGAUGCAGAAGCUCGAUUAUCAGCAGGCUGUGUAGAGGAAAGGAUUAUUCAGAUGCAAAGACUAACAAACAUUAUAACAACAGAGGACAUUGUGACUGUGGUCACCAUGGUGACAAAUGUAGACUUUCCUCCCAAAGAAUCCAGUCUAUGAUAGCUACAAUGGUCAUACAUCUUUACCCAUCAGACUCUGAACUGGAGCUGCUAAGCUAACGGGCCUGUUUCUGCUCAACAGUUUUCUCUGUGUGAAAUUAUGGAAUGGUAAGUUUGUCUUUGGAGUGUGAGUAGGAAGACGCCUCCUUGCCCUACUCCAGACAUGAAUCCAGGAGACUUACUGCAUUCCUUGCAUAUGCCAGAAGGACGUGGGACUGAGAAUACGGCAAGGUGAUGUUUCAGGAACUUAUUUGAAGAACAUGGACCUAUCCUGGCUGGUGAAAGAUUUUAAAAGCUGACAUUGUAUUUCUUAAUAUGUCAGAGACACUAAUUCCUUAAAAUGAACUACUGCUAUUUUUUUUAAAUCAAACAUUUCAUUUCAGAUUUAAGAAAAAAGGGUAACUUGUUUUUAUUGCAUUUGCUGUUGUGUUUAUAUAAAUGACUAUUGUAAUGCCAAUAUGACACAGCUUGUGAAUGUUUAGUGUGCUGCUGUUCUAUGUAAUCAACGUGGGAUCUAGCAAAAAGGCUUCCAAGCAUUACUUAACCUCCCUCAACAAGGUAUACCUCAGUUCCACCUAUGCUAAAUUGACAACACUAACAAAACUGAAAUAAUUGAUUGAUCUGAAUUUUGUAAAAUAUGUAUUACAGAUUCACAGUGUUUUUUUUUUAAAUAAAAAGAUGGUAAGCUGUGCUUCAUGCCAACAGACAAUGGCCAUUCCUAAAACAGUGGUAUUAGCCUUUCUGUGUUCUAGCUUGUGUAUAAAAAAGUAUUGUUUGAAAUGGCAAAUUCCCCGGUUUUUAGUUUAAAGCUUUAUUUUACCUCCACUUCCCAAAAUAUUGCAUACAUUUAUUUUACUAAAUAUUAUUUAGGUUUGCUGUGUGACAAUAUUUUAAAGAUUUAAGCAUGACUUAAAAAUUAAAAUUUUUAUGUGAGCUAUGGCACUGGAAAGCUCUUAAUUUUAUUUCUUUUUAAGGAAGAUUUUUUUCCAAUCUAUGUAUGUUAAUGUUCUGCCUAGUGUAUUUUCUGUUUCACUAAACAGGAUACAGCACCUUCUGUAUCACUGUUUCAGGAUCACCUCAGGAAGCUUCAUUACCCAGAACUCCUCACUCUUCAUGUGUUGCCUUUUGCAGCUUCACAACACUUGAUUUUUGGUGCCGACUUGUCAGAGUAGUAUUUUUCUGUGAUGCAUAGGUUUGCCCUGUGGUCACUAAAUUAAAAAUAAGUUACACAUUCGCUCUCAAAAUACGCUUGCCAUCAAAUGCAAUUAUUUCUGUAGAGAUUACAAUGUAGCACAGUCUAGAGAAAACAACCCUACAACUUUAAAUUUAAACUACUGUAUUCAAGCGUUAUAGGCAUUUAAGAAGUUAAGCCUUACCAUAAAAAAGAAAACUCGAGUAACUGGGCAGCAGGUAGACUGGUGCCAAAGUACUUCUCAAAAGUAAUAAUACACUAGUUAUUUGAUCAGCUACAUGUACACAGGCCAAAGUAAGUUAGCUGUCUAAAACUAAAGUACAGAACCAACAGUAGCCAGUGUUACGAGAUUCUGGUCAGGUGCAUUGGACUUUUAAAUAGUGUUUUUUAAUGUCACAAUCAGAAGUUCACUGUGAAUGUUCUUGUAACAGGUAUUUAUUUAAGCCACAGUGUUUUCUUAUGUACCAAAUCUCUGGGAACAAAUAAGAAUUAUUUAUUAACAAAAUUUUGAUCACCAAACUUGCUAGGAAGAACAGUAAUAGCAGAGUUGUUUUGUGUGUAACUGGCAUACCACCCAGAGGUUUUUUUAAUUUAUCUUUUUUUUCUGUAGCCGUAAGAACCCCAUGGUCUGAUUGGGUUACAAAUACUGUUGGGCACAAUUGCUAUUUUUCUUUGUUGACAGAGGGACUUUGAAUUAUUAUUAUUAUUUGGACUAAGGUAAAUUAUGUGCUUGCUUCUGAUUUUAGGGCUUGAUAUAACAACUUAAGAGGUCUUGCCUGAAAAUAUCCAAAUGGACAGAUAUUAGGACAAUGUAGGAACUGUGUAUUGGUGAUUAUCCAGAAACAUGUAAAUACAAUAACAAUUUUAAAACACAGUUGCCAUGUUUGUUUUGGAGAAUCUACUCCAAUUUUUAAUAGAGCAGCUUUCCAUCAAACACUAAUUUCCACCAAUAUGAUCCCUGAGCCAGGUGGCAACUUUUCUCUUGUGUAUUUUUUGCUAAUGCAUUUCCGUUUGCAGGUCAUAUAGGGAAAAUCAUCAGAACUUGACAAUCAAAUGGGGUAAUGUCUCCAUCCUUUUUUUUAAAAAAAAAUGACUUUUGAAAUCCCCCAAUAAGUACCUUUAUUCAGAUUUUUAGAGAAUUAUCAUGAAUUAAUUGUUCAGGAAAAAUAUCUUGCUUUUAAAAAACUAUUUUGGUAGAAUCUGUGAAAUUGCUAAAAUUUACCAAACUGUAGAUCCAUAUUUAAGAUAUUGCAGAGAACCUCAACAUCUUUGUUUCCAACUUAUGCGGAAAAUGUAGAGGUGGGCAAGUUUUAAAAUGCUUAAGCCAAGACCCACAAAUAAAGCCACAUAUUAAGAGAGAGAAAGGCUGAGCUAGGAUGCUCUGGUUUCUGGCAGAUAUUGUGACCAUUGUUGCUUUUUGUAUUUGAACCAUACAUGUAGCGUGUGUGGAUCUGGCCAGCUCGGGUGGUUUACCUUGUAUUUUUGACUUGUGAAGAAAAGCUAGGGCUAUGGCUCAAGCUUUCAGUUGUCUCUGGUUUGCCUGUAUCUACUUAGUUGGCUGCCAUAUGAUUGCCACAGAAUUUAACUGAUUAGCCAGUUUUGUGAUCAACUCAGAAGUCUAAACCCUGCAAUACCUUUUCAGUUUGUGUUAGAUGCUAAGAACUUAUAUCACAUGAUGCAUGACUACUCUUUGUACAGUUCCUACUAAAUAUAACUUAGCAUUUCGGAACAGAUUGUGCCUCGUAAUUGUUGGAGUUCUUUGACCUAGCGUUCUCAUUCAUGGUGGUAUUCUGAAAAUGAGUCUGGAUUAAAAUACACAACAUUAUACCUUCUUUGAUAGCGAAAUCCAUGUGGAGUAGCUCUUGCAUAACUAAGGUGUAAUCAGAUGUAGUAGUAAUAAAUAUUGUUCAUACCACAGUUCUACAGAAUAAAUUGCUGAUUGUAGUUUAACAAAGUGAGGUGACUUGAUUGGUUGACCUUUUUCCAGUUUUCUCUUUUUAACCUUUUUAAUGCAUUUUUAUUAGGAAUAUUUGGUAUAAGAUGCAGAAAGCUAUGUACAGGAUUAUGAGCAAACAAUGAUAGUAUCCUUGUUGGAACACCAUUUACCUCAAGAUACUCAACCAGCAGUACGUUUUGGUUUUUUUUAAAUGCACACUCAGUCCAUAUAAGAUGUUACCUCUCAAGAUAUUGGUAAGCAAUUAUUUUAGCUUUACUCUGUACUUGUCAGUGUUCUUGGCACAGGUGGUUGUACUACUGUCAAAUUGCUCUUGCUAUUUUUUGGCAAGUAUUUAAAAAGAAAAUAACCCCCAUUCUGGAUAAGUGAUUGUGAAAUAUUGUAUAAAUAAAAUGUAUGCGCUCUUUCCUUAUUCCCACAAAGAUGAAUAAAAAUUUAAGUGACUACUAA